AUGUCAACUCCAACUAUGAUAGAGGAGAUUGAUGAGAGCAAAUACCAAAACGGCUUCCAGCCUGAGACUGCAGAGACCGAGACCACACCGAUGGCUAUAGAAGCAGACGAGGUCAAGCAGGAGCAGCCGCGAGACGAUGAGAGUGCUGCUCCCGUGGAGGCCGUCAAUAAUACGAUACCAGAAGUUGCAGCCCCAAAGUUGGAUUCCACUGCUACCAGUACAGCAGACCCGGCACCUGCAGCAACCGUUGCUGGAACAACGAAAAAUGCCGUUUCCACCUUGCCGAAUACCUCAGUUGCCCAAAGCACAUCAUCUUCAUUCAUACACAAGCUGUAUUCCAUGCUCGAGGAUCCCAGCCUAAAACACCUCAUAUGGUGGCAUCCCAACCACGGAACCACGUUUGUGGUUUCUCCCACUGAGGAGUUCUCCAGAGUACUGAGCAACUACUUCAAGCAUACGAAUACGGCCUCGUUUAUCAGACAGUUGAACAUGUACGGUUUCCACAAAGUGAACGACUCGUCGUCGAAUCAGGAGAGCUCAGAGCCAUUGUCAUCUCAACAACAGCAUUCCCCAAUACCACCACAGACUCAGUUCCAAUCGCAACAAUCCAGUGGAGGCCAGAGGUCCAGGAAGGGGUCCAAUUCGUCUGUCAGUGGACCCACAUGUUGGGAAUUCAGACAUAGUUCCGGCCUGUUCAGACAUGGGAAUCUGGAAGGAUUGAAGCUGAUCAAGCGUCGGUCAUUCAAGAAUGCACCUACGCAGAAAGAGGUCCACAAUCUGAAGACCCCACAUCCACAAGAGUACGAGAUUCAGAGUUAUACUCCUCAGAGGUUCAUCCCUGUGAGUCUUUCAGACUAUGAGGGUGAUCCCUCUGACGAUUCAUACAUACGCUCGAGACAUGGCUCAUUACCGCACCACAUGGCCACGGUCACAGUUGCCAAUUCUGCAUCGAACACCUCUGUCACAAAUCUUGCCGCUGCUAACACUGCGACGUCUGCUACACCGUUUCCUUUGGCGCAACAGGAUCAACAUUCUCGGGAGAAUCUCACACAUAAAUACGUCGAGCUGAACACCAGAUUGAAAGGACUGAAAAAAGAUCAUGAUCUGUUGCAGUACAAGUACGACUUGGCCCACGAGGAGCUCAAGAGGACCAAUUACGAUCUGGUCACUCUGUUGGAUCUGUUCAAAGAUGUGAUAGUGCAAAAAAGCGAACAGCUUGCUCAGCCUGCUCAACAACCCCAGGCCCAGCAGCCCGAGGAAAGGUCCAGGACUCCUGUGAAUGCUCAUGUGUCAAACUAUGCUGGAUAUGAUUCACCAAACAGGCCCUAUAAGUCCCAGCCAAACACCAAUUUUCCACGCAAUCUGGAAGAGGAGCUGGAUAGAUUCAAGUCAACCAUUUUACAGAGGACUGCUUCAAGAGAUAUGGAACUGCGCCAGGUUGCGGCCUAUCCACACGGCCACGAGGCUCCAUUCUUCUCAACGUCCAAUCUGUUCAAUAAUAGAAGAAGCAUGACCAGCAACCCCGACUUGGAUCCAUAUUCUACGCUCCAGUUUGAUGCCCAGUCUUCAGGUGCUCGUUCAAGGAACCCAUCUGUCUUCGACCCUUUGCAGCCUGCUCCGCCAAAGCAGUAUCCUUCUUCGCCUGGACCAAUGGGCCAUGGAGCUCCUCCGCGUUCUCCACAGCCCAUUAUGGGAACCGUUGCUGUGAACCACCCGCAACAGGUACUGGACCCAUCGCAACAAGCCCAGCAUAGACCUUCAUUGAGCCAGAUUCAGCCUCCAAUAUCGCAGAACUUCAUGUCUCAAAGACAGUAUGUGCUUUCUCCAGUUCCCCAUCAUCCAAUGGAGCAGGGUCAAUUGGAGCCUCCAUCUGGUCCGGUACCGCAUUUCGCACAGCAGGUGCCUCCAUAUCCGCACAGAACGAUACUGCCACAGAGAGUGAUGUCUCCUCAACAGGCUCAGCAGCUGUUGCCGCAAAAUUCCCAGCAGCCUCCUCAGCAUCCUGGCGUUAUGGGUUAUCAUCAGCAGAGUCUUUCAAACAACUCUGUUUUGACUGUGGACUCGUACAGAUCUAGGGCUUCGAGCACCCAAAGCAAUCCAUAUGCUCGCCCAGUGAAUGGCUCCGCCAAACCUCAACAGCCCCCGCAACAACAGCAGCAACCACCUUCCUUUGCCUCGCAGCCACCACCUCCAACUGUACCAUCUAACCAGCAGCCAGACGUUCUUUCACCAACUGCCGGAGUCCCAAGGGCGACUACUCCCUCUGAAGAUCGCAAGAGACACUAUGAUACCGGAUCCAAGAUGAAUUCCUACAGCUUCAACAAUCCUCCCAGAUCCGUGCCUGAUCCAAAUGCAACUCCACUAGGGACCCCUUCUCAGCCUCUCCAACGUGGUUUGCCUUCUGUUCAGUCGAUUCAAAGUGUUGUGAAUAUCCCAUCACCAGUCGAGACAUGGCAUCCUCAGCAGCAACCACCUUCUCUUCAACAGCAGCCCUCGCAGUACUUUUCUACCACCCAGCACACAGGAGUGGCUUCUACCACUGCAGCUUUGCAGCAAAGUCAACGGCAAUCUUCGAAUUCCCCAGCUGCUAAACCACUGCACACGAGUUCAAGUUCUGCAUCUGUUUACUCGCUGUUGAACAGAAGAGAGUCUGUUCAUGAUGCUGCGGCAGGCCAGCCUCAGCAAUUCACCGCCCAGCAGAGGGAGACUGUUGAGGGUGCCCCUUUCAAGAAAAGCAGAUUGAAUUGA